CGGCCGCCGGGCGCACCCCGCCAGGAUGUUUGCCGCCGGGCUGGCUCCCUUCUACGCCUCCAACUUCAGCCUCUGGUCGGCCGCUUACUGCUCUUCGGCCGGCCCGGGCGGCUGCUCCUUCCCUCUAGACCCCGCCGCGGUCAAGAAGCCCUCCUUCUGCAUCGCGGACAUCCUGCACGCCGGCGUCGGGGAGCCGGGGGCGGCCCCGGAGGGCCUGGCCGGAGCCUCGGCCGCUGCCCUCACCGCGCACUUGAGCUCGGCUCACCCGCACGCCUCUUUCCAAGCUGCCGCCAGAUCCCCGCUUCGACCCACCCCGGUGGUGGCGCCCUCCGAAGUCCCGGCUGGCUUCCCGCAGCGACUGUCCCCGCUCUCGGCCGCCUACCACCACCACCACCCCCCACAGCAGCAGCAGCAGCAGCAGCAACAACAACAACAGCAACCGCUGCAGCAACAGCCUCCACCUCCUCCCCGGGCGGGCGCCUUGCAUCCCCCGGCCUCGGGGGCGCGGGGGGUCCCCAACCCUCACCACAGCGGCUCGGCCCCAGCCCCCUCCAGCAAGGACCUCAAAUUUGGAAUUGACCGCAUUUUGUCUGCAGAAUUUGACCCGAAAGUCAAAGAAGGCAACACGCUGAGAGAUCUCACGUCCCUGCUGACGGGCGGGCGGCCCACGGGGCUGCAUCUCCCAGGCCUGCAGCCCUCCGCCGGCCAGCUCUUCGCAUCUCUAGAUCCCAUGAACGAGGCUUCCGCCAUCCUCAGCCCCUUAAGCUCGAACCCGAGAAAUUCCGUCCAGCAUCAGUUUCAAGACACGUUUCCAGGUCCCUAUGCCGUGCUCACCAAGGACACUAUGCCCCAGACCUACAAGAGGAAGCGCUCAUGGUCGCGGGCGGUCUUCUCCAACCUGCAGAGGAAAGGCCUGGAGAAAAGGUUUGAGAUUCAGAAGUACGUGACCAAGCCCGACCGGAAGCAGCUGGCGGCGAUGCUGGGCCUCACGGAUGCUCAGGUGAAGGUGUGGUUCCAGAACCGGCGCAUGAAGUGGCGGCAUUCCAAGGAGGCGCAGGCCCAGAAGGACAAAGACAAGGAGGCGGACGAGAAGCCGGCGGGCGGAGCCCCAGCGGCGGACGGCGAGCCGGAGGAGCGGAGCCCCAGCCGCUCGGAGGGCGAGGCCGAGAGCGACAGCAGCGACUCGGAGUCCCUGGACAUGGCCCCCAGCGACACGGAGCGGACUGAGGGGGCCGAGCGCUCCCCGCACCAAACCACCGUCAUCAAGGCCUCGGUGGCCGGCGCGCUCGUCCCGGCGGGGAGCGGGGGCAGCGGCAGUUUCGGCUUCAGCGGCCUGAGCAGCAGCAGCACCGGCACGGGGAUCGCCAGUAGCCUGGGCAGCAGCGGCGGCGGCCUGGCCCCGGAGCUGCUCCCUGCGCCCCAGCCCAGCCUCAGCAGCGCCCCCAAAAGCCCGGAGCCCGCCCAGCCGCCUCUCGGAGGCCCGUAGACUGGACCAGGGCGCAGGGGACCCGGCCCGUGCGCGCAGACAGACGCCAGCCUUCCAGCGCGGUUGGAUCUCGUGCCUCCUCUUUGGUGCUGGCCGCGGGGACAGGGCCAGAGACGCAUCGGGGGAGCCUCCUUCGCCAGGGUCGCCUCCUGCCCCUCGCUGGCCGCCUGGUGGCACAGCCCACACUGCGCAGUGGCCUGGGGAGUCUCAGUGCCCUCCCUCCCCCGACGGACACACUUUUCCCGGAUACAAGCAGCUCACACUGUGACGUGUGACUCCGCAGUGCCUUCCCGCGCUAGGGGGGGUCGCAAAGACGCACUGCUGCACGUAGGAUGCCACAACCUUGUAAAUAAAA